CCACGCGCAACCGCACGCUACUGCGAGCAGCCGCGCAUAGCCGAGCUCAGUCCGCGAUGCCCAGCGACGCUCAGCAACGUCCGCGAAGUCCCAGCAUGCUGCAUGUUCGCACACCCGUUCGCAUCUGCUGCCAGCCGACGUCCGCCCGAGGUCCCAGCGUCUGUCCAGCACGCGCACAUCAUUCCUCGCACGUCCAAGAGUCGCGCACAACAGGCCCACGUGCGUCCACCGCAUCCCAACGCCAAUCCGCGUAGGAGAAGGAGUCUCGCCCGCGUGCACGCACUCGCCCAGCAGCUGCCAGCAUCCACCCGUGCAUCCCAGCAGUCCCGCGCGUUCGCCCAGCGCCCAACGCACGUCCGCUGCGACCCGCGUACUCGCACGCUGUCCACGCCCGACGCGCACGAGCUGCCCGCUGCACCCCGACGUCCGAGACCAUGCUACCAGAAGUUCUCAGGUCAGGGCGACCCCCGGAUCGUCGAUGAAUGGAUUCAGGGGUUGGAGUUUAUCUUUGAAGUUAUGGAAUGCCCCGAUAGAUUUCGCGUAGUCUGCGCUCAGCUUCAGCUCACUGGCGACGCGAGGCUCUGGUGGAACUCCUACUGGAGCAUGCGCCCCGGUGAAAAGGCGGGUUGUACGUGGGACAUAUUCAAGGAUCUUGUCCGCGACAAGUACUACCCUUCAUACUAUCGGGCAGAGAUGGAGCGCCAGUUCUUGACGCUUCAGCAGGGCACUCGUACUAUCGAUGAGUACGAGCGUGAGUUCACCAGGCUUGCAGGUUUCGCACCGGAUCUUGUUCGCACGGAGGCCCAGAGAGCUCAGAGGUUCAUUGACGGACUAUACCCAGCAGUCCGUCAUAACAUU